UAUAAUAUUUACCCUUAAUUGUAUGUUAGAAUAUGAUAUAAUUCCUGAAAUAUGCGACGAAAUGAAAGAUGCGAAAAAGUCUGAAAAAGAAAGAGAAAUAGCUAAUCAGCUCUAUAUUAAAAUGUUACUUAGAACAGACAGUUCUAUAUAUGUUAAAAUAUUGAAAUUGUAUACCGAAUCCAUAAGUUACGCCCCUAAUCCAUCCAUAGAACUUGCUUUAGCUUAUGCCAAUAGAUCUGUUGUGUUAUUAAAAUUACUACUUGCUAAGCUUUAUGUAAGAAAACUUGAAUGUUUAGUGGCACUACAGCAUCCUGAUACAAAUAAUACUAUAAAGGAAACAGAAUGUCUGUUUAAAGAAAUGUCAUUAGAUAAUAAUUAUCAGUCAAGUCAAUUCUCACUUCCUGAAAUAAAGACUUAUAAUGUUGAAUUUCGUAGUGCAUCUGAUGCUGCAGGAGUAAAGUAUAAUGAAAAGUAUGAUAGACAUGAUAUAACCAGUCGUAAUAUAGAUGCUGCUGAACUACUUGUAACAGAAAAGCCAUAUAUAUCAUUAUUAACAUUUCAAAAUAGGCAUACACAUUGUUCAAAUUGUUUAGAGGUUUGUUGGGCUCUUAUACCUU